UUGCAACCAUUUCCCAAAAAAGACGAAACCGAACGGAACCAUUAGCAUAAAAUUAGGGUUAGGGUUUAGGAAAAGAUUGAACAAAAAAUGGGAACCAAAAAGAAAUCAGCAAAGAAGAUAGAGCUCGAAGAGGAUGCGGCGGAUGCGUCAAUCACACUAAUCAGUGAUGACGACGAUGAAGCAAACAAGGAUCUCAGCCUCGAGAUUGUUCAAAAAGCGCUCCUCAGUCGUGCAACAAAUCCCCAAAACGACGCCGUAUUGAAUGUACCAACAGUUAUCGCCGCAUCCAAAGUUCAAUUGAAGGAGAAGAAGAAGAAGAAGAAAAAGAAGAAGCUUGAGUCUGAAAUUGAAACUGUAAAUGUUGUUGAGGUUGAAGAAGAAGAAAAGGAAGAUGUAGAGAAAAUCAAAGCUCCAGAGAAAGAGCAACAUGGCGAAGCAGAAACAGGCAUGGUUGAUCCGAGCGACAAUGUUGUUCUGCGAGUCACUGGUUCCGACUCGAUUAGUGAGGAGAUUAAGACUCAUAAAAAGAAGAAGAAAAAGAAAAAGCCUGAAUCUGAGAUUCAAACUGUUAAUGCUGCAAUAGUUGAAAAUGAAGAAGAAAAGGAAUCUGUAGAGACAAUUGAAGUCCCGGAGAAAGUAGGGCCCGUUGAAGCAGAAAUAGGGGUGGUUGAUACUAAUGACAAUGUUGUUCUGCGUAAGCUGCUUCGUGGUCCGAGGUAUUUUGAUCCUCCAUCAGAUAGUGUUUGGGGAACAUGCUUUAAUUGCGGUGAAGAAGGCCAUGCUUCUUUCAACUGUACAGUUGCUAAACGCAAGAAGCCUUGCUUUGUAUGUGGCAGUUUGAUUCAUAAUGUCAAAAAAUGCACCAUGGCACGAUAUUGCUCUAAGUGCAAGAUAGUUGGUCACCGGACUAAAGACUGUGAUCAAGAGAAGCACACUUGGGGUUCUAAUUCUAAAAGCUUGACAAUAUGCUUGAGAUGUGGGAAUUCUGGGCAUGAUAUGUUUUUGUGCAAAAAUAAUUAUUCGCAGGAUGAUCUAAAGGAAAUUCAAUGCUAUGUCUGCAAGAAUUUUGGCCACUUAUGCUGUGUCAACACAACAGAUGCUACACCAAACGAAUUUUCUUGCUACAAAUGUGGUCAAAUGGGUCAUAUUGGUUUGGCAUGUUCAAGGUUGCAAACUGAGAACACCACCAAUGCAGCCACUCCUAGUUCAUGCUACAAGUGCGGGGAAAAAGGACAUUUUGCCCGAGAGUGCUCAAGUUCUGUUAAGACAAAUUCAAGGUGGCAACCUGAGACCACUGAUCCAGCCACACCUAGUUCAUGCUAUAGGUGCGGUGAAGAAGGACAUUUUUCUCGAGAAUGCUCAAGUUCUGUUAAGGUAGGCAACAGGAAACAUAAAUUAUCAAGUACAGAAACCCCAAGAUUUCAGAAAGAGAAUAGCUACAUGGGAUAUAGGUCUGCUCCACAUGAGAGUGGCGAGGCUAGUAAAAAGAUAAGACCUCAUGAAGAAGAAAGUGACAUUAAAACACCAAAGAAGUCAAAGUAUAAAGGUGGUUGGAUGACAGAGCAUCCUGGUGAAUUCUCUACUUCAAAUUCCAAAAGGGAAAUUUGGCGAUCUCCAGUAUCACCACAUACUAAAAAUCACUUUUUUAAUAAUGGUAGUCUCAGUUCUAAGUCUUUUAAGAUGAGGAAUGAUCAUGAUUAUGAUGGAACCCCAAAUUCUGGAGGAUCAGCCAGGUCUUUUCAUCACAGAUACUCAGCUUCAAGGUUUGGCAACGCGAGUAGUGAUGGUUUUGAGAGAAUUUACAACAGAUGGUAGAUUUAGUGUAUGAUUGGAAACAAGUUAAACUCACCGCCACCGCACAUUUGGCUGCAUUUCGCAAUGGAAAUGCAGAAGCUACAAAAUGUAGCAUCAAAAGGAACCCACCUUUGCAUUGUGGCCCCCGCUAAAUCAAACACAUGCUUAACCAACAGAGUCACCCUUAUUUUUUAGUUUUUGAACUCAUAUUCAUGUUUCUUUGUUAUUUAUUCUUUGUACUUUAUUUGUUAUACUUCUUUGAACUUGGAGGGGAGGUGUGUCCCCCAAAACUUCAUUGUUAAAUUAAAAGUGUUUGUCCAUCUUCCAAGUAAAGAUUAAUGUUACAAUUAUUACAAUUUAUUUAACCAA